CAAAUCCGGUGACCUCCGCCUGCUGCCUGGUCCUCGCUGCCUCCGUGAUGGUCUGCGCUCAGAGACACGCUGACGCAGAAGCAAAGCCCAGAAGUCGCCCAUUUAUCUCUGAAUCCGGUUCAUUAGAUCGUAGCCAGAGCCAGCGAGCAGGACGCAGCCCGCAGAGAGAUCCCCACAUCCAGUAUGAAAAGAUUGGUUCUAACGUAGUAAUAAAAUGUGGAAGCAUGGAUCCCGAAGCUGCAGUCACGUGGACAGUCAACGGAACAGAUAUUGAUAACUCCCAGCUGAAUGGCUCCGCUCUUCUUCUGCAUAACGUGAAUUUAUCACACAAUGGUUUCUACUCAUGUUUUGAAGGGUCCUCGUGGCAGCUCUGGCACCAAACCAUCCUGAAAGUGGGGCACCCUCCUAAGGAGCCGGUGCUGAUGUGCAGGUCUAAUAAUUACCCCGCGUCCUUCUACUGCAGCUGGCAUCUACCUAGUCCGACUUACAUCCCCAACUACUUCAACAUCACUGUUAGGCACGGCUCCACGCAGCUCUACUGUGAGAGAGACCCCUUCCCCAAAAACAGGUGUCACAUCAAGUACAGCCGCCUCUUUUCCACGCUGAAGUAUGAGGUGACCGUCGUGGCCAGCAACGCUCUGGGGAAGAGCUCCAACACCAUCAGCUUCGACGAGUUCAUGAUAGUGAAACCUGAUCCUCCAGAAAAUGUGCUGGCAAAGCCUGUCCACAGAAACCCCCGGAGGCUGGAAGUCACCUGGCAGACCCCAUCCACCUGGCCGGACCCCGAAUCGUUUCCACUCAAAUUCUUCCUGCGAUAUCGGCCGUUAAUUGUAGACCAAUGGCAGCAUGUAGAAUUAUCAGACGGGACGUCACAUACCAUCACAGACGCCUACGCGGGUAAGGAGUACAUAAUCCAAGUGGCAGCCAAAGACUACGAGAUUGGGACCUGGAGUGACUGGAGUGUGGCCGCCCACGCUACGCCGUGGACAGAGGAGCCCAAGUACAUCACCACAGAAGCCCAAAAGACAGAGACGACAAUGACAAUCACGACCACAACCACGACGACUUACGUGACGCCUCCAACAACCAAACCAUGUGACCCAGAACCUACAUUGGGAGCAGCGGCCGUCAGGGUAUCCUGGAUCUCAAUAUUGUUACUGGUUCCAGUCGGGAUUUUACUUAUGUGAUUCCUGUGCCCAUUCCUACAUAAAGUAUUUCAAUAUUUUUUCUCUAUUUUGCACAUGUUACGGAGGAUACAACUUAUUUUCAUGUUAUCUUCAUUGGUUAAGAAAUAUCUCUUCUUUCUUUGGAGCAAUGGACAAAUCCAACCAAGAAUGGCGCUCAGCGCUGCGGUGCCAGAAAAAAACAAACCAUGAGACUGUACAGUGAUACAAUGUGGACAUAUACAAACAUGGCUGCCAAAACGAGUGCAAGGAGAGCGAACCAAACUCACAGACCGCACAGCAUCGCCGUGGGAGGAGCCACAGACUCAAUAGAGACUCUCUGGUUGAUGGGACGCUACGAUCGUCAUGGGAUCAUACAGCUAUACCGCCAUGCCAAAGACGCAACUGCUACGUUUCUUUCCCACCAUGCUGUGCUUCCCAGGUAAACACUGACGUCUUUCCGGAAAAAAAAAAAAAAAUAAAAAAUAAAAGCCGGAAGUAACGCAGAACUUCCGGGAUAUUCUGAGCCACAGGACGAUAUCUACCAUGACCUUCAAUAAUCUUCAUUCUACCGUUGGCGCCUUUUUACAUAUUUCUUUUUGCCAAACAACCGGAUUUUGUGUAUUGUAAUUUUUUGAAUUUUUGGGUUAAAACUUCUGAGGAAACGUAUCUUUCAUUUGAUACCACAGGAACAAAAACAAAGCAAAAAGUUUCCGGUAGGACGCUCCGCCGGGAGGAGGGGAGCAACAUGGACGCUGCUCCGAGCGUCUUGGAUUUAAUGAACCUUUUUCUUAUGAACUCUGAAUAAUCGACCCGUUUCAUCCGAAAACUUUUCAUACAUUUCUGAGACUUUCUCCCUGAUUUCAUGGUGUCCCGGAGCAAAAACAGGAGGGGGGGUGGUGCUGGUCUCACUACCACACAGGAUGUCACCAUGACCUUGUAUGAUCGGUGGUUGCAGGGGAGGGGGGUCUGUGGGGGUCAGUUUCUGUCGGGGGCUCUUCACAAUUUUUUGUUUUCUGGAAUUGUUCUGUAAUGGUUUGCAUUCCACCCUCUUUGAUAUUUGCUCUGCAGGGGAGGGGGUGGUCUGAGCUGGCCACCAGUGGUGGACCCCCGCCGGCCGGUGUCAGUUUAAUCCUACCUCCAGCCUCACAGGACGAUGUCCAUACAAAGAUCAAUCCCAACCAAAAUUCUCUGUCUCUACAAGAUCCAGUGUGUAUUUGAAGCCCCCAACACACGCGUUUCGAAACCUUAUGGUUGCAUACUCGAUUAUAGCUAUCACUAUGUGGUUCUUCAUUGUGACCUAUGCAGAUGUGAAACGCGUGUGAAUUUUACCAACAUUUUAUCCAAAAUUCCUAGGGUGCAUUCACACGGCCGUAUGUAUUUUGCAGUCCACAAAACGCAGAUCCGUAAAAUAUGGAUCACGUCUGUGUUGCACCCUUUUGUUUUUUGCGAACCCAUUGACUUCAAUGGGUUGGUGGUCUGCAUUUGAGGCCAAGAAUAGGACAUGUUCUGUCUCUCGCAAAACUGCCAUAUGGAUGCGAUGUUCUCUCUGCAUCCGUAUGUCCGUCCUGUGAAAAGAGAGAACAUGCCCUAUACUUGGGCACAAAAAGCGGUUCACACAUCCAUUGAGGUCAAUGGGUCCGCAAAAAAACAGAUGCAACACAGAGGUCACACAGGCGUCAUCUGUAUUUUGCGGAUCCGCGUUUGGUGGAUCGCAAAAUACAUACAGUGGUGUGAAUGCACCCGUAGUCUCUACUGGUCACAGGAAAUAAAGGAAAGAUGGAAUGUUCUCUUUGAGCCUCAAGUCCAAAUGCAUCCGGAGCCUGCAUCUCACGCGUUUCGAAUCCUCACGGUUACAUAUCAUUCCAGUAUAGCUAUCUCUAUGUGGUUCUUCAUUGUGACCUAUGAAAUGCGGAAGAUGUACCAAAAUUGGAUCGAAAAUCCUCAGUAUCUACUGGUCACAGGAAAUAGAUUAAAGAUGGAGGGUUGCCUUAGAGCAGGGAUGCCCAACCUGCGGCCCUCCAGCUGUUGUAAAACUACAACUCCCACCAUGCCCUGCUGUAGGCUGAUAGCUGUAGGCAGUCCGGACAUGCUAGAAGUUGUAGUUUUGCAACAGCUGGAGGGCCGCAGGUUGGGCAUCCCUGCCUUAGAGCCUCAAAUGCAUUUGGAGCUCACGCGUUUCGAAUCCUCAUGGUUACAUAACCUGCAAUUAUAACUAUCACUAUUUGGUUCUUCAUUGUGACUUAUGUAGCUUUGAAACGCGUGAUGUUGAUUGCAUUAAGUAUCCAUAUGGUUUUAAACUGCACAAGAUCUGGACCUUCACCCUUGGUGUAGAGGGGGCGCUAUCAGCCCGGCACACUGUGUGUGGUGGUCUCCAUCUCCCUGUCGUCAAGGAUUGAUUGAACUCUUGUUCCUUGCCCAGGGUAGAUAAAUAUUUGGGUUCUUCGCAUUUCAGGGUCACGAGGGAAGGAGUGGGAAAAGGUCCAAGUUACAAACUCAGAAGAGGGGGCACAAAGUGUGAGGCCGCCUGAGGUGUAGAUGGGAAUUGUGGACUUUAUUACCCACUAGCCAUUGGUGGAAAGACCUGAGAUGCCCCGAUGGGCGAUUGGGCGCGAGAGCCGCAGGGUAGGAUGCAACAACCGCCCAUUGACCUCUAUGACGUAUUAUACAUGGCAGUUCAUAUACUCAUUACACAGCAGGGGGCGACAUGGAGUAAAGUAGAAAGCUCCUCCCAGGGAGAAGUGAAUAUGAAAUCAUGUGCUCCGGCCUGACGCAUGGAUGGGAAAGACCUUUAGGAUGAGAAUAAAGGGAUUUAAUAAAAGCUCAUGUGACUCGGAAAGGAUCCUGGAAAUAUCAGGGGAGAUCGGAGUUACCCUUUAAAUAUGGUGCUACCACUGGUAUGAAGCUUAUAUCCUCUGUGCACUUUAUAAAGAGACAUUCUGCACCUCAAGAAAGUGGAAGAUUCAAUCAAAGAAGCCCCCCAACGUCUCACAUUCAUUCUAUAGGUCAGGUCUCCAUAUAUUGUACUCAUCCUGAGUCAUGGCAUGUUCUGUGCUCCAUUCACAUCCAGAGCUGCAUUCAGGCUCCUGCUGGUUUCCUUCUAGACUGCCCCCUGCUAGUUCAUUCUGUCCAGAGCGUUGCAGGUGAUGCCAUGUCAUGUACCAGGUUCCAGCUCCCAGAGUCUGAUUAAGACAAUAGUAGGGUAACUAUCAAUGUAUAGCUGGCAGAAUUAUGAAUGCAGCUCUGGAUGUGACUGUGGGCUAUAAGACUCGGGAUCAGGGUGAACCUUCGGCUCUUGUCAUGUUGUAUGAUGUCAUGUUAUAUGAUUAUGCAUUUGGCAGGACGUCGCAGUAUUGAGAUCAUGCACCUUUAACCCCUCCCUCCCUGGAGACACCCGUAUUUUGUACAGCAGCUCCUCCCCCUCGCGGGUUCAGUAUUUAAUACCGUUCAUCCUAGUAUUAAAAAGAGAAAAAUGUAAAGAAAAUCCAGUGAGAAGCGUUACUUGCUGUAUUUGAAUUUUUUUAUAGAUGUAUAUAAACUGAGAGGCUGUUCAUUAAAUGUGAUCAUUUCAUGA